ACCUACAAAACUGUUCCCCAUUUGCUGAAUCCCUUCAUCCAAACAGAAAAGCCUGAAUCGGAGUACAGUAAUACAUACGUCUCCUCAGAGCACAAGGCAAAGGAAAUUACAACUGAAAUCCAAUAAUCAGAAGAAUGGAUCCCAAUCAGUCUUAUAAUCAGCCUCCAGUGCCCUGCAAUUCAUCUGAGAAAUCAAUGAUGUUGCAGCCUGUAGAAAAGCCACCAGCAUACCAGGUGAAUGCUGCUGGAUACCCUCCUUCUUUUCCAAGCUCCUCUUCUCAAGGGUCAUAUCCAGGACAAUCUGUGGUCGCUGUGCAGCCUAAAGUUUGUGUGCCCGCUGGUCCACUGGCCAAUCCAGUGACAGAGUACACAUGCUAUUCCAUCUUCACUAUGCUGUGCUGCUGUUUUCCUCUGGGCACUGCUGCACUGGUUUACUCCCUCUCUACUCGAAGUGCCAACCACUCAGGACACCGAGAAUUAGCACAGAGGAACUCCAAAACGGCGCGCAACCUGAAUCAUGUCUCCGUUGUUCUGGGCAUCAUUUUUAUUGUAUUGAUCUUUCUUUACGAGUUUCUGUGGAAUAAACACAUAAAUCCUUAAAUGUUGCAACGAAGCAAAUGUACACCUGUGUAAGACAGAGUAAAGAACUUAUUAAAGACAAAAUAUAAUAAUAUAACUGCACACUCACUUAAGCAUUUUAUUAUUUCGACGUUACCUUGACAAAGGCUUGUUGCCAAAAAAAAAAAAAAAAAAAUGUGUGUGCAGUUAUAUUUUGUCUUUUUACGAUGAUUAAAAAAAACAGAUCCAUAACUGUUAGAGCUGUCAUGCUUGAACGCAGAUUAUAAUGUUAAUGUUAAUGUUAUUGCUUAAUGCACAAACAUUCAUCCUGUUAAAACAUGAUUUAAAGGCUGAUUGUUUAAAACAAUAAACUCUUUAACUGACUAGUUAAAUUCAUAACAGAUAAAGCCAAUAUUAUUUCUUGUUUUCAUUACAGAAUUGCAUUUAAAGUAAUUACUAUCUGAAAUAUAUUUACUAGUGUAUGUGAGCCGUCAUGUUUGUUUGUUUUUAGCAAACUGAAUGACCCAUUGCCAAUCGAUUUUUAUUUUCCCUUAACAUUUAUCAUGUCUUGUUUAGAACUUUUGCUUAUCUUAAAUACCUUGUGUGCAACUCUGCUUAUUUUGUGGUGUAUAUUGUGAUACAUUUAUACUCUUCUGUAUAUGUAGCUUUCAUUUAUUUCAAUAUACAUGUCAUUAUGUAUCAUUAUACAUUUGAACAGUAAUUAAAAUAUCUAUCUAUCCAUA